AGCCAGAGUAAUGUCCGGGUGUGUUGUAUCUGUGUGUGUUGUCGUGUGUUGAUGAAGCGGUGAAGCGUCGCUCAGAGUCGCUGCAGAAACAUGGGGGAAGCCGAGGCUGUGCCGUCCGACGAAAAACAAGCAGAAACCGGCAUCUGUACCGCCGAGGAAUCGAUUGUAUGGAGCCAGGAGGUGGAAGUGUCUUUUCACGCAAUGCUGGGACACAAACCCGUAGGAGUGAAUCGACAUUUCCACAUGAUCUGUAUUCGCGAUAAGUUCAGCCAGAACAUCGGCAGGCAGGUGUCCUCUAAAGUCAUCUGGGAUCACCUGAGCACCAUGUAUGACAUGCAGGCGCUGCAUGAAUCAGAAAUACUCCCGUUUCCAAACUCUGAGAAGAGCUUUGUUCUGCCUGAAGAGAUCAUACAGGAUGUCAAGGAAGGUAAAGUGGGAUCUGAAGAAGACGUGAAGGAGGAGUUCAAAGAAGAAAGUGACCCACCUGCAACCCACGAAGAAGGCAGCAAUUGCUCCGUGAAGCUUUUGGAGAGGUCGGACAGCGGGCGCGAGAAAGAGAGACAGCGGGCAGAGAGGGGGGGCUCAGGUGAGACGGGCAGCGGGUCGAAAGAAUCAGCCGGGGAAAAGAGGAAGAGGAGUCGAGCCGUGGAAAAGGUGAUGAACUCCAGCAACCCCUCCAGCCCUGGGGGAGCCAAACGCCGCAGGACGUAGCCGCAGCUUGCAGCGGGGCGAUUCGGGACAUCAGACAUUUGGAAAGAACUGACGGAGGAAGGCGUAGCUAAUAUUGGUCUCGCUACAGCCAAUGCGAAAGUGAAAUGGCGAGCAGGGGAUGUGUGAUGUUCGUGUGCGUUAUCUGCGGUCCAGGGGGUCACUGCCAGAGGUGUUCACUGACGGACGGAGAAAAUGUAGACGAAGGAAAGACUUUGGUGGUUUCGUAGGAUCUGAUUAGACUGAGGGGGAAAGUAUGUUAAAUAAGCUUUCCUCUGCCGAGUUCGGAAACAAGACAGCAACUUUUUAAAAAAAGAUUCGUGGGAAUUUUAAGUGGUAGCUUUAUUUUAUUUUCGUCAGAGCUGACGUUCUGGAGACGGACCAGAGAAUCAACUAGUUUGUUGUGUGAUUUUGUUAGAACUUGCACUGCAAAUAAGCUGAGGUAGACGUGUUAUAUUAACUGUAUGAAAUAACCUGAUCCUAUUAGCCAAUUAGAUUUGAUCGUUGAUCAAAUGCUUAGGAAAUAGUGAUUGGUAUUUGCACUGUUUCGGAGUCAUGUUUGAUUAAUUUAUUUGGACCGAAUAUGUGUCGAACACAUCAGGAGUAUGUCCCUGAUUAAAAAAUGGUAGUGAACCA